GGCGCGAUAGUACAGGGUCGAAUGCCGCAUCCCAACUGCUCCAACGCGCUUCUCGCUGCGCACGCCUGUGCGACGCUCUCCUCUAUGCGACAUCGGCAGCUGUCCGACACUUACAAAUCGACAGCGUUUAAGCAGACAACAGAAGUCACACAGUCGCUCGCUAUGGCGCGUCCGACACUUAGAAAUUGAGGGCGUGUCCUAAGCGUUCAUUUUUGGCCAAUACCAUACCGAACCGUUUUACAGAUAUAUUUGAUCCUUCCGAGACGCAAUUCACCUUACUCAACCGCAUUCGGACGUACGCUUAGGACACGCCCUGACUUCCACACAUUCGCGCACGUGGCGCGUUCCCUCUGCUUCAAGUCGUUUACUGGCUGACCGCGUUUUUCACGAUGAGAAACUCAAGGAGAUUCCGCACCUCGUUACUGUCACUCCUCGCGGCAGCCAUAGUCACACUUCUCGCAGCGUCGCCAGUCGCCGACGCGGUGACCGACAGCCCGCCCCUCCAGCCCAUAACGUUGGCCGGUGGUAACCACCUCUUCACUGGCGCGUGCGGCACACGCUUCUCCUUCCCGGGCGGCGGGACGCGUCGUUUUGCAUCCUGUCUGCCGCCCGGCUGCACGUGAACAUGCGCGUGCGCGGCUACGAGGCGAUGCGGCCGCCCCUGGCAGGGCUGGGGCCUGACGGGGGCAUGGGCAUGAGCCGCACGUGGAUCAGGGAGCUGGGCAUCCUGUGGUCCGUGCCGAACCCCAAGGACCCCCGCCGCCCCGCGGUGCACCGCCUGCACCUGGUGGCGCGCAACGGCAAGCUACACCCCAAGAAGCGCCAGGCCAAGCCCCCUGCGGGCAGCAAGGGGGGCAAAGACGCCCCCUCCAACGCCACGGCUGAGCCCUUUAUGGCGCGCCUCAUGUUUGACAACAAGCCGCUGCCCGUGCCGUUUGUGAUGGGUGAGGUGACGGAGGGUGGGGGGGGGAGCAUGCUGGCGACGAAUGGCAGCGGGUACAGUGCGGGGGCGAGCAGCAGCAGCACGUGGAUGACCCAGGUGGGGGGCCGGGUGGAGGACGGGAGGGGUGUUGGCAGCUGUGGCAGCGGUGGUGGGGGGAGUGGGAGCAGCGGGUGCAGCGGGUUUACUCUCCGGUUGGAGGAGGUGGAGAAGUUCGGGCAGUUUGCCGUCGAGCGGUACGAGCUGGCGAUCGCUGACGUGGCACGCAUGAUCGUGCGGGCGCGGGUGGCGCACCCCAUGCUGCAGACCCCCACGGACUCCCAGGCGCACUUCAGCUUGGAAUUCCUGCUGGUGGACACAGGGGCAGGGCAGGCACAGGCACAGGCAUGCACGGGGUGCUGGGGCAGACGUACCAGCGCACGGCAGAGAGGUCGGCGCGGGUGGAGGGGGUGGUGGAGAGGGCCCAGCGGACGGGGCUGCCGGUGAUGACGGAUGAGGCGGUGGGGAAGGGGUUUCUGGAUGGGGAGGUGGGGGACUAUGAGACCAGCCACAUUGCGGCUCCUAACUGUAAAGUCACGAGGUUCGGCAAGAAGUGAGGUCCGGCAAGAAGUGAGGUUCGGCAAGAAGUGAGGGUGGGAGAUCUGUGCUUUUGACACGGGGUUCGAAAUGAGGGAGUGGGGGAAGGGAGGGAGGGAAAAGGGGGGGGGGAUGUUUCUUUGCCUGCUGGCUGUGCGUGCACAUUCAGGAGUGACGUGUUUGUGCUGAACUGUGCUCCACACACUGCAGUGACGUUUUUCGCGGUUCCGCGUGGUUUGACGCGAGGUUGGGCUCGGCAUUGCCGAGGCUCAGGCAAGAGGGGGAGUCUGGGAAGAGGAUCGCAGGAACACGCUCCGAGCCUCCGAGUACUAGGCCCCCUUUUGGUGGCGUCAUGCUGGCAAUCUGACAACCAUCUCAGCCAACAGGCGACUUGAUGCAUUCUUUCCCUCCCCCCCAGACACCUGUGUGGCCCAGCAGGAGGCUUGUCAGCGAAUGUAAAUAGGGCGUGCAUAAAUAUAUUGGGUGCGUAACACAUGUCCCAACUUGGCUAAGGCUGCAUCUCGGAUUGCACACCACCUAGGGUCAACAAUCUGUGCUAGAAGGGAUUGGUGUGUGACGUGACUUGCAUAGACUGGUACCGGUUACAACCUUUUACAGUACGGUAUUGCCUCUGCCAUUUGAUCCCGUGUGCUAGCCACACUACAUAGCUUUUGUGCCACCCCCUUCGCCAUUGUGAACAUCAGUGGUGCCCUUGGCACUGCCCGUGCCACUCACUGCUACUAGCUGCCUCUGAGGGUUGGCCAGGAGGAAUCUGCCCACCGCCCUCCGCCGUCCCAUCUGGCUCCACUAUCCCCAGGCGGAAACACCUCAUGCUCAAAUCACCUGGAAGCUUCAUGGCAGCUUCAUCACCCUGAGGCCAUUCUUCCCACUCCAUGGCGAAGCUGCCUUCAUCUAGAAGCUGCCUCCAUGGCGAAGCUGCCUUCAUCUGCCUUCAUCAAGCUGCCUCCAUGGAUUUCAGCUACCGUAAUCCCCCGUAUAAAACACCCGCCGGAAUUAAGCUCCCCCGGGUAGCUUGAGCGGCCCUCGAGCGACCCUAGAAAAUUGGUGAAGUCCCCCACUGGCAGAGACAGAGCUCCUGUAGUACCCUUGCAACCCAGAGGAUCCGGCUAAGUCCCCCACUAACAGAGACAAUCCUCCCAUACACCUCACAACCCGGAGGAUUCGGCUAAGUCCCCCAGUGCCAAUUGUGUUCAAGACAGACUUGGGAGAAUAACUACCUUGAAAUUAC